AUGGAUGCAUCAGUACUGCGAGAGCAAGUUGAGAACCUUCAGACUGCAGCUGAGAUUUGGAAUGAAAUUGAAAAACAAUUCUCAGGAAAGUCUAACAAGAUGCAAGUGUGUAGGAUACUUCAUGAGAUGAGGUAUAUCAAGCAAGAUGAAAAAUCUGUAACGGAGUAUGCAGGGGAGCUAAAGAAGCUAUAUAGGGACCUUGAGUUCUUCCGCCCAUUUAAACCACAUGAUCCUAGAGAUCUAUUGCUUCUUCCCCCGGAGUGGCCAACCUUGGAUGAGACUAUUUCUAGCAUUCUUGAGGAAGAAACUCGCCUAACACAUCAGUCACCCACAACAAGAGCUACUGAUUCUCGUGCAGCUUUGUCGCUUCAUACAAUGCCUCCAGCUGCUUCACUCUCCAAGUUUGGUAUUCAGAAAAAGGGUAAAGGAGUAUGUGAACAUUGUAAGAGGCCAGGCCAUAUAAAGGAGAACUGCUACGAGCUGCAUGGUUUCCCUGAUCCUAAGUCAUUUUGUGAUCAUUGCAAGAAGCCCGGCCAUACAAGAGAUGGAUGUUAUAAGCUGCAUGGUUAUCCAAAUGAGUGGCAGCAAGGGAAGUUCAAUUCCAAUAACACUCGACCGAGUCAGCAAAACCGGGCACAUCAGCAGAACCGGACACAUCGGCAGAACCGGGCACAUCUCACUACUUCUACAGGUGAAUUAUCAGGCUCAGCUGCACAAGCUCUCGAGGAAUUCAAGUCAAAGCUCAUUCUCGCUGACAAAGAUGUAGCCACAGCAGGUCCUUCUAGCUCUAUCUCUAGUUUCUGUGCUGGUGCAUAUACAGGACCUGAAGACGGGGAGACUUCUCGGGACUGGGACAGAGCGUGAUGGGCUGUACUACCUGGACAAUGGAGCUGGUGCUCUUGCUCUUGCUGCUUAUUCCUCCUCUAAAGAUGAGUUACUUCUGUAUCAUCGUAGACUAGGCCACCUAUCUUUCGAAGUUAUGUCUCGAUUAUUUCCGUCCCUUUUGUCAUCUUGCUCUCGAGGGCAACUUGUGUGUGAUGCGUGUGAACUAGCUAAGCACACACGAUCCACCUACUCGAGUAGUGGAAAAAAAGUAUGUCUGCUUUUGAGGUUGUUCAUUCUGAUGUUUGGGGCCCUAGUGAUACCCCAUCAAUUUCUGGACACCGCUGGUUUGUGACCUUUAUUGAUUGCUUCAGUCGAUGUACUUGGCUUUACUUGUUAAAGCAAAAGAGUGAUGUUUUUUCUAC